AUGCUCGCCAUGGCCGUCGCGCGUGGCAUGGACAUCCAACAGAUGGACGUCAACACGGCGUUCCUCAACGCGCCCGUGGAUCACGAGAUCUACGUCCAGCCACCGGCCGUCGACGGGAUCUUCUCGCCGAAUACAGUCCUGCGCCUCAAGCGCGGGCUGUAUGGGCUGAAGCAGAGCCCGCGUCUGUGGAACCACACGCUGGACGCCUGGAUGCGCGAGCAGGACUUCGUCGCCACAGCCACGGACGCCUGCAUCUACCGCCGCACCUGCAAGGGUGGCAAGAUGAUGUGGGUUGCCGUCUACGUGGACGACCUGCUCAUCUUCGCCGACAGCGACAGCGACAUGGCCGCGUUCAAGAACUCCAUCUCCAAGCGCUUCAAGAUGAAGGACCUGGGCAGCCCAGACAUAUGUCUCGGCAUCAAGGUGCAGCACGACCGCAAGGCCAGGACCGUCACCAUGAGCCAGGAGCACUACCUGCGCAACGUGCUGGAGGCCUUCGGCAUGGCUGACUGCAAGCCGGUCGGCACGCCGCUCUGCACAGGCUACGUUGACAAGCCAGCCGACAAGGAGGAGCCACUCCCGGAUGUGCCGUUCCGCGAGCUGCUUGGCUCCCUCCUCUAUGCUGCGACGAUGACGCGCCCAGACAUCUCGGCGGCUGUCUCCAUCCUGUCUCGCCGUAUGCAGCACUUCGGCAUGGACCACUGGAAGGCUACCAAGCACCUUCUUCGCUACAUCAAGGGCACCUUGUCCUACACCAUCAAGUACGCCGCCACUGGCGACGCCAGCAACGGCAGCACUGCCGACGGCGUACUCUCAGCGUACUCGGAUGCGUCGUUCGCCUCCGACGUUGACACGCGACGUUCCCGCACGGGCUUCGUCGUCUUCUGUUCCACGGGCCCUGUGGCGAGACGAAUUAUGAGACCCAUGGACCUGUCCCUGGCUUCCCUUCCCCACUUCAACGGGAGUCCAGAUCAACUUCGCCUCUUCCAGCUCAACUUCAAACGGUAUGUGAAACGAACACUACCCGGGUCGGAGAAGGUGCUUGAGGGUGAUGAGGGCGCCUCCACGGAAGAGAAGGAGCACGUCCACCUCAGCUUGAUGUUAGCGCUGGAGAACUGUGAGGAGGCGGUGGCCUUGAUUGUGCGAGGGCAUGAUGAUCCAACAGCAGCUUGGCGCGCACUCGACAACUACUACAAGCACGCGAACGAUGAGCGAAAGAAGGCGACCUACCUCGCAGAGUUCAUUGCUGCAACAGCUUGGCAGAACGAUGACAGCCAAGACUCCUACAGCAAGAGAGUGUUGACGGCCUACGAGAAGAUGAAGGCUGGGUACGAGAUGAGUGAGGCUAUGACGAAAGAAACAACAGCAUCCUGGAUUCUGUUUGCCUGUCUCCACAGCAGCAAGCCCACUGACUUCAUGAAGGAGUUCAAAGAGCCAACAGCAACAGUGAAUGAGACGAUGAUGAAGGUUCUGCACGCGACUCCACCACAGCAACCAGCAUCAGCGUUUGAUGACAAGGUGUUUCGCAUGUCUGCCAAGCGAAGGGCUGGUGAGGGAAAGGCACGACAACAGCGCCAAAAGUCCAUCUGCAAGUGGUGUGGCAAGUUUGGUUACCACAAGGAGCACGAGCUCGUCGACUCAGGCCUCAAGGUGUGCCUGGACAAGGAGACGUCGGCGGUUGCUUGUCCUGACGGCUCGAUCCUGACAUUGCAUCAGCACGACGACAAGACGUACUACUUUGACGCACAGCUGGGCAAGCCCGAGGUCAUGCAGAAGUGCAACGCAGUGUACACGCUGCACACGUGGCAUCGUCGCCUCGGCCAUCGCUCCCUUCACACGAUUCGCAAGUCUCUGGAGGAGCAGAAUGUGCGGUUUAGCGACAGCACGGGCAGCAGCAGCGACCCUGCGUGCGACCCCAGCUCGGCCACAUGUGAGGGCUGCCUGGCCUUCAAGACGGUGAAGAAGCCCAUCAGCAAGCAGGCAGUUCGAGAUGCCGAAAGCCCGGGCGACACGCUGCACCUCGACCUUCUUGGGCCCUUCCCACCGUCGAUCCAGGGCAGCAAGUACGCGCUGGUUUGGCUAGACGAGAGGACCCGGUUCAUGGACUGCACCUAUGUCAAGGCCAAGAGCGAGGCUGCAGAUGCGCUUCGCCACUUCGUUGCAACGACGCCAAUACCAGUUGACCGUGGCACCCUCGUUCAAACGGACAGCGAUCCCGUCUUCACGUCUCGGCGUUUCGUGCAAACGGCAAACGAGCUUGGCCUUCGCCUUCGCUACAGUCCGCCACAUGUGUACGAGCACAACGGGCUUGUGGAGCGAAGCAUUCGCACGCUGAAGGAGUCUGCCGCUGCCAUGCUGCACACGGCACCACUGCCGCAGCACCUCAAGGACAAGCUCUGGUCUGCUGCGCUUGGACACUCUGCAUGGGUGUACAACCUUCUUCCGCACUCCCAACUGGGCAUGUCACCGUACCAGGCUCUCUUCGCCAAGCCUUCGCCACUGCAGCACGUGCGCGUCUUCGGCUGCAAGGCGUUCGUGUAUGACCACGUCCACACGGACAAGAGCAAGGCCUUUCCCCGACGGGCCAUGGAAGGCUUCUAUGUUGGCUUCGACACGCGAUGCAACGCGCAUCGCAUCUACGUCAAGGCAACUGGGCGAGUGAGGUCCUCCAUCCACGUUGACUUCCUGGAAGAGGUUGACUGCACGAGUCAAGGGGGUGCUUUACCGACAUCACCACUCACAGGCAGCAACGGCACCAGCACUGUGCAGAACCUAUGGGUGAUGCCAGCAGCAACAGCAUCCACACCUGACCCCAUGCGGCAGGGCGAUGAGAACACACCUGAUCCCAUGCGGCAGGGCGACGAGGACACACCUGACCCCAUGCGGCAGGGCGACAGCGGCGGCGCACAAACAUCUGCACCACUCGCGCAAUCAGCACAGCAGAAGACAAGCUGUGCCGUCAACAGCAAGCAUCCUGACUCGUCAACGGCAGACGACGGCAGUGAUGACGAUGGCGAUGGCGAUCACAGCGACGACAGUGACGUCAGCACAGCAGAAGACAAGCUGUGCCACGACGGCAGUGAUGACGAUGGCGAUGGCGAUCACAGCGACGACAGUGACGGCUACGAGACCGACAUCCUCUGCCUGCGGACUACCCUGUUGAAGAAUGCGAUGGUACAGACGCACCAGCCACCGCAGCAGCCGGUCCCCAAGACAUGGCGGGACGCCAUGGCCUCUGCACACAAGAGCAAGUGGCAGGAGGCCUUCGUCAAGGAGUGGAGUAACAUGAUUCGGCACGACGUCUUCGACAUCGUUGACCAGCGCACUCUUCCCAUGGGCGUGCGACCAAUACCGUCCAAGCUCGUCUUUGCUGUGAAACACAAACCGGACGGCAGUAUUGUCCACAAAGUCCGGUUUGUUUGCUGCGGCAACCGGCAGACGGAGGACACAUACGCAGAUGUAUUUUCGCCCACGACACGCUUCGAGGCUCUGCGCACCUUUCUCGCUGCUACAGCCCAGCGACACAUGCUGCUGUGCCAGUUCGAUGUGUCUGCGGCUUUUCUCCAUGCCGAGCUCGACAUGGCAAACGUGUUUGUGCGUCCGCCGCAGGCAGCGAACCUCCCUGCCGGGUCUGUGCUGAAGCUGCGCAAGAGCCUCUAUGGCCUGCGCCAGGCGCCGAAGCUGUGGUACGCAUCUGUCUGGAAGACGAUUGGCGGCAGCGGCUUCCAGCGUUUGCGGUCCGACGCCUGCAUCUUCGUCAACCAGGAUCGCACAGUCAUGAUUUGCGUGCACGUCGACGACUUCCUUGUGGCGGCAACGACACAGGAGCACAUGGACCGUGCAGAGGCUGUGCUUGCAGCCAACUACGACCUCAAGAACUUGGGCGCGCCACGACAAUACCUCAGCAUUGCGAUCUCCUAUGACAGAGAACGCGGCGUUAUGACGCUGAACCAGCACGACUACAUCCAGACUGUGCUGAAGCAAGAAGGCCUGGAGGACUGCAAGGCGAAGGCAACUCCACUCCCCGUCAAGAUGAAGCUCGUGCCGGUGGAACAAGCCGAGGUCGACGUUCGUCACUACCAGAGCAUCAUUGGCAGUCUGCUGUAUCUCGCAGUGACGACGCGUCCCGACAUCAGCUACGCCACAUCCGUGCUCUCCAGAUUUAUCCAGCAACCCGGCAAGCAGCACCUACACGCGGCCAGACAUGUCUGCAAGUACCUACGGGGCACGGCGGCUCUGGCAAUCAAGUACAGUGCGGGUGAUUCGCUUCAACUCCUUGGCUACACAGACGCAAGUCACAUGUCUGACCCCUACACGUCGAAGGGGCAUGGAGGCCACUUGUUCACCAUCGCCGGUGGCCCUGUGACAUGGCUGUCCAAGAGGCUGCCUCUCGUCACAACAUCAUCGGCGGAGACAGAGUACGUCGCCGCUGCGCGCGCAGCACAGGCUGCGGUGUACCUGCGACAACUCCUCCAGGAGCUGGGCUUCGACGUCGGCACCACACCACUCCACAUGGACAGCCAGUCUGCCAUGUGCAUUGCUACCAAUCCCGUGGCCAAGGGCGGCUCCAAACACAUACGGCUGCGUUAUCACCUUCUGCGCGAGCUCAUUGGCGAAGGCGUCGUCAAGGCAGUGUAUGAACCCGGCACAAAGCUGCUUGCAGACAUGCUGACGAAGGCCCUGCCUCGUCCAUCUCUGACGCAGUGCCGAGAGCAAGUGCUGCAUGCGAGUUGA